CUUUUAUCUCUUCAUCUUGAUUUUUAUCUUUCAAUUUACUAACAGAUAAGAAAAAUGAACCAUCCAGGUUGUUGAUCUAUUGCUCGACGAAAAUGUUGUUCCUAAAGGCACAAUUGAGGUGAAUUCUUUGAACAAGGGAGGCCUUACACCUUUGGAUGUACUACUUAAGGAAUCUGGAGAUAGAGAUAUUGAGGAAAUUCUAAGAGCAUGUGGUGCUGUAUCUGUUGAAAACAUGCAAACUUCACAGCAAGAAGCUUCGCCCCAAUCUUGGGUUGCAGUUCAAGAUCCAUCAAAUGUACAAUCCAGCAGAGAGCACAGGAGAGAUCAGCCUCAAUCUCGUUCUAAGAAGCUUCAAGAUUACUUCAAGCACAACAAAACCAAAGAUUCUCCAGGAAAAGUAAGAGACACCCUUCUUGUAAUAGCUAUUUUAAUUGCAACAGCAACUUAUCAAGCAGUGUUAAGUCCACCAGGAGGUGUUUGGCAGGACACUUACUGGCCCGACGCUAAUAACAGCACCAGAAAUGAUGGAAAAGUGCCCUCACCACGUAUCACAGGUCAGUCAGUGAUGGGAACCAUCAAUCCAAUUACCUAUGGCUUGUUCUUGGUUUUCAACUCCAUCGGAUUUUUCGUGUCUCUUCACAUGAUAAAUUUCCUCACCGUAGGAUUUCCUUUGCAAUUGGAACUGCAAGUCUCACUUGUUGCCUUGAUAGCAACCUAUGAUACUGUGAUGUCUGCAAUAACGCCUAUCCGAGGAAUUUCUAUCUUCUUUUCUAUCUUCUCUUCAGUCUUUCCAAUUUUAUUGCCUUACAUUACAAUGUUAGUGAGAAACUAUUGGAAGAAACCUAGAUUCUUAUCAAGACGUAGGAAUUGUUCAGGUACUUGAACAACAUCUUCCUGUAUUUUUUAUUUUUUUUGAUCAACCAGGAUGUAUUGAAAUUCUAAAAAAAAACCUUGUUUUUGAACUCAAUUACAAUCUCUUUUACUUGAUUGCCUUCAGAUAUUUCUCUUCCAAUUACCCUGGUUAAUUGAUGAUAAUGGAAAAUGAACUCAUGGGUACGUUUCAUACUGAUUCAAUUUGACUUAGCUAAACACAUAGCGCAAUAAUUGCUCAAA